UAGGCCUUAGUUGGUUUAGUCUUGAAGGGGUCAGUAAAUGAGACUCGUACUCGAAAGGAAUCUGUCCAUGCCAAAUUAAGACAGUUUGAAACAAUAUAAAACGAAUUAACAGAGAUCGGAGUGAGGCUAGAGGAGGCAAGAUGCCCCCCGUGUCUGGUAAUGGGGGUCUGAAGGAGACCAUCAGUGACUAUGUCUCCAACAACAAGGUUAUGAUCUUCAGUAAAACCACAUGUCCAUUCUGUAAGAAGGUGAAAGACUUGUUUAAGUCGAUGAAUGUAAGUUUUGAGGUGCUGGAAUUGGAUAAACAAGCUAAUGGAAGUGACAUACAGAAUGCUUUGUUAGAGAUUACAGGACAGAGGACAGUUCCUAACGUGUUUGUAGCAGGACAACAUUUAGGAGGAUGCGAUGAUACACUGAAGGCUCACAAGGAAGGAAGACUCCAGCAGAUGUUAAAUAUGGGAACUUCCUAUGAUUAUGAUCUAAUUGUUAUAGGUGGUGGAUCAGGUGGUUUGGCAGCCUCUAAGGAGGCAGCAGGCCUUGGAAAGAAGGUGGCUGUAUUUGAUUUUGUCAAACCAACUCCAAUAGGAACAACCUGGGGUUUGGGAGGGACUUGUGUCAAUGUUGGAUGUAUCCCUAAGAAGCUGAUGCAUCAGGCUGCUAUAUUAGGACAUGGACUCCAGGAUGCCCGUAACUUUGGAUGGGAAGUCCCAGAAAAUGUUAAACAUAAUUGGACAACAAUGAAGGAUGCCAUUCAGGAUUACAUUGGAUCCCUAAACUGGGGAUACAGGGUCCAGCUGAGGGACAAAAAGGUGGACUACCACAAUGCUUAUGCCGAGUUCAUAGAUGAACACACUAUCAAGGCUGUGAAUAAGAAAGGCCAGGAGAUAAAGAAGACAGCCAAUCAUUUUGUCCUAGCUAUGGGGGAGAGACCCCGAUACCCAGACAUCCCAGGGGCCAAGGAAUAUGGAAUCACUAGUGAUGAUCUGUUUUCCCUGCCAUACUGUCCUGGGAAAACACUACUAGUGGGAGCUUCCUAUGUAUCCUUGGAGUGUGGGGGCUUUCUUCAUGCCCUGGGGCUUAAUGUCACCAUUAUGGUCCGGUCCAUCCUGCUUCGAGGAUUUGACCAGCAGAUGGCAGAGAAGAUUGGAGAUUACAUGGAACAGGAGGGGAUCAACUUCAUAAGGCCCUGUGUGCCUACCAAGAUUGAAAAGCUAGAGGAUGGUAAGCCUGGGAAAUACAGGGUAACAGGGAAAUAUGAAGAUGGAAUGGAGUUUACUGAUGAAUUUAACACUGUGAUAUUUGCAAUUGGAAGAGAUCCAUGUACAUCAAGCAUUGGUCUGGAAAAAGUGGGAGUUAAAACGAACAAGAAUGGGUUUAUCCCUGUGGAUGAGGAGGAGAAUACCAAUGUGUCCAAUAUCUACGCUAUCGGGGACAUCUGUGAGGGGAAGCCUGAGCUGACUCCUGUAGCGAUUCAGGCCGGAAAACUCCUGUCAAAUAGACUGUAUGGGCUCAGUAAGGAACUGACUGAUUACAUCAAUGUGCCAACCACAGUUUUCACCCCCCUAGAGUAUGGCUGUAUUGGUUACUCAGAGGAAGACGCCAUCAAAAAGUUUGGGGAGGACAAACUUGAGGUUUAUCACACCAACUUCUGGCCUCUGGAGUGGACAGUGGCCAAACGACCAGAGAAUUCCUGCUAUGCUAAACUCAUCUGCCUCAUUCCUGAAAAGGAGAGGGUAAUUGGCUUCCAUGUAUUAGGUCCCAAUGCAGGGGAGGUGACACAGGGAUUUGCAGUGGGGAUGAGACUAGGGGCUAAGAAGUCUGACUUUGAUGCCACUAUUGGAAUCCAUCCUACUUGUGCAGAGACCUUUACUACAAUGAACGUGACCAAGAGAAGUGGAAUGGACACUCAACAGUCGGGCUGCUGAGGUUAAACCCUGCCGCUGGACCAGCAAGCUCUAACCCCCACCCCAGGCCAAACUCUAGACUGUAAAACCCCCAGAACAAACUGUAGACUUAAAUACAUUCUUCAUACUAAUACACUUUGCUCUGUCAUCUCAUAUCUACUUAAACAAAUCUGGAUAUGGUUGAUGAUAGUAAUUGCACAUACAUGUAUCUUGUGAUAAGCUUGUUGUAAAAUGAGUAGGAUGUUACAUUGGAGAAUUUCAAUAGUAAAAACAGACAUUGAGCCACAAAAUGAGUGUACUAUGCAAUAUCUGUAUUGUUAUACAGAUAUUGCAUAGUACAUAUGUUUAAUUUACAGAUAUUCAUUUGCUAAUCAAUCGGAGUAGAUAUAAUUUUUGUCAUUUUAGUUUAGAAAAAAUAAUAUUAGAUUAUCUGUUUAUUCAAGAAGGAAAAUCAUGCUUUAAUUAUCAGGAAGAAAAUCUUGGAUCAUAUAUGUCAAAGAAUUUUGAUAUUAACAUGUAUUCUUUAAUCUACUGAUGCAUGUAUUUAUACUGGCAUUUAUUUCAUAAGUACAUGUAGUUAAUGAGAAUUUAAUCUGUACAUUGCUUGGUAUGUUUUUUUUACUAUGUAGAGCUUCUCAGGUAUUGAGAAUGAUUCCUUAAUCAUCUACAUUUUCUAAAUACUGUGUAUUUAAAAGUUUAUUUAUUGAGUUUUAGCUUAUUUUCCAGCAUUGCUCACCAUUUAUUAUGUAGAUAUUAUUCUUUGGAAGAACUAUUGAGCUGAGUUUACUUUUUUUGUAAAAUUAUUUUAGACAUAUUAAAAUGAGUUCCAUAUAUACUUUUAUUGUAUAGAGUGACAUAAAAUGCAAACAUUUUAGAAGUGGCAUUGCCACAAAUAUGUAAUUUUCAGUAAUCUUCACUGUUUUGUGAUGGGGUGUGGAGUUAGAGCUUUCCGCGGCAGGAAAACGUCAUCAUUGGAUUCCAUGAUAACCGUCUGUAACACGUGUGAAGUGUUCUUAAUGAGGGACAUACUCAUCAACCUCAAAACGAGGCAGGGCAUGACCUGAUGUGACCGUUGCUAUGGAAAUCACAUAAUCAACAAGUGCUAUCAUUAAGUUGAAACUUGGUGUAAAACAAUCUUGUUAUAUAUUGCUUUUUGACAUUAAAUUUUUUGUUUCCAACACA